AUGUCUGAAGAAACAAACGCAAUAAUUAAAAUAGAACCAAUUGAAUAUCCACAAGUUAAACAAGAAUUAGAUGAUUAUGAAAUAUCAGAAAUAUGUCCUGACGAAGAGGAAAUAUAUCUACAGCAAUUUUCAAAAUCUGAGAAAGAAAUUAAGCAAGAAAUAAUUGAUCAAGAUGAAACAAGUUUCCACGAAAGAUCUUAUGUGGAACGUGAAGAAAUGUGUCGACAGCAAUUUUUAAAAUCCGAGCUUUUCCAAAAACAUUUAUUAUUGCACGAUGAAGAUCGUCCUUACAGUUGUGAUUUAUGCGAUAAAAGAUUUACACGAUCAAACCAUUUACGCAGACAUUUAUCAGUGCACACUAUAGAACGCCCUCAUAAAUGUGCAACAUGUAAUAAAACAUACAAAGCAAAACAAACAUUAAACCAGCACGAAUUGACCCAUACUAAAGAACGACCUUAUGAAUGUGAGUUUUGCCAUAAAAAGUUUGUUUUAUCAAGUGAUUUAGAAGUGCAUGCAUUAGUGCACACUUUAGAAGGACCUUAUAGAUGUGAAAUAUGCAAGAGAACAUUUAAAAGAAAACAGGAUUCAAAACGGCAUAAAAUGGUCCAUACUGAAGAACGACCUCAUGAAUGUAAGAUAUGCGGUAAGGGAUUCAAAACAAAACAAACAUUAUUUCAGCAUGAAGUGAUCCAUAGUAGAUAACUUUCUUAU